ACCACUGACUGUCGUCCAUAACUCCUUACGAGCUUCUUUAUGAUGGAAGAUCCCUCUAAACCAGUUCUAUUUUCCCGCCAUGGAAGCCAUGGAAAUCGACUCGGAGAAAACUAUUCAAAGGAAGCAAUCCACUUACCAAUCUCUGGAUGAAGUUUUCAAGGUUCAAAAUGAGAUGUAUAGGGGUCAACAGUACAGUCAAAUUUACUUUGCUCGUCUGCAUCUGAUGAGAACUUUGCUUUAUUCUCUUGUUCCCAACUGGAAACCUCAUUUCCCUGUUUGUACGGUGUUGGGACUUGAUGAAGGGAAAGAAUGCAUCAUUGUUGGAACCCUUUACAAACACAUGAAACUCAAACCUUCUAUUCUUGCCGAGUACUCUACACAGAGAUCUGCCAGCCCACUUGUUAAGCCUCAUAAUUUUAUGCACAAAGAUGAUCACUUGGUUUUGGAAGAUGAAAGUGGAAGAGUUAAGCUUGCUGGAACUCUGCUUUCACGGUCAGUAUAUGUAACAGGUGUUAUUGUUGCUCUGCAUGGAAAGGAAACAAGUGCCGGCGAAUUCUUUGUUCAAGAUGUCUUAGAAGCUGGUCUGCCACCCCAGAUAGAGCUCCCACUGAAAUCAAGGGAGGAUAAGUACGUUAUUUUCGUAUCGGGGAUCAGCGUUGGGAGCAGUUCUAACCCUCUCCAGUUUCAGCUCCUUGUUGAUCAUCUAACGGGACAUCUGGGAGAUGAGGAGGAACAAGGUAUUGCAGCACAGAUAGUUCAUGUUGUAAUUGCUGGAAAUUCUGUUGACAUGCCGCGUGGACUUUUUAAUGGACAGCAGAAUUUGUCUUCAAGGGACCAGUCAAGGCUGUCUGAGCCCAUCAAAGAGCUGGAUAUCUUAUUAACUCAGAUUGCUGCAGGCCUGUCCUUAGAUAUCAUGCCAGGGCCAAACGACCCAGCAAAUUUCUCAUUACCUCAGCAGCCUUUGCAUAGAUGUCUUUUUCCUGGUUCGGCAACUUAUAACACCUUUAGAUCUUGUACCAACCCUCAUUGUUUUGAGCUAGACAAUGUCAGAUUUCUUGGAACAUCUGGACAGAACAUUGAGGAUCUUGAGAAGUACUCAGAGGCAAAAGAUAAGAUUGAAUUUAUGGAAAGAACACUGCAAUGGAGGCAUCUCGCACCAACAGCACCUAAUACACUUGGGUGUUAUCCUUUCACUGAUAGGGAUCCUUUCUUAAUUGAAAGCUGUCCUCAUGUUUAUUUCAUUGGUAAUCAGAAUAAAUAUGACACUCGCUUGUUAAAAGGGUCAGAAGGACAAUUGGUUAGACUAAUCUGCAUUCCUAAGUUCUGUGAGACGGCAGUUGCUGUUGUGCUUAACAUGAAAAAUCUUGAAUGCCAUACAAUCAGUUUCGGGACUCAAAUAAGCUCACAGCACUAGCAACAAGGUUUGAGAAACAUCAAAUUCUCUCGAGAUUUCUUGGAAGUCUCGUCAAAAUGAAACUACGAAAGAUGACAACGUACAACCAGAAAACUGAACUUGAUGGCAGAGAUUACUUAGACUAAUAAGAGUUUUAGCUAACAAACCUUAAAGAUUUUGGAUCGUUGUAUGUUGGUCCAACCUCCGAAUCUCUUUAGAGAUUUCGGGUUGGAUGCAGCAAGGAGCUGCCUUAGAAUAUUUAUCCAAAUACAUAUAUAAACAAGGGUGUUGAUACAUAUAUUUAUUUAUAUGUAUUUGAAUAUGUAAUUUUUCUUGAA